AUGCAAAUGACUGACAAACAAUGUGAACGACUGUCGUCAGAUAUUGAUACCUCGGUUUUUAAUUUCUCCCGCCAGCUGAAACAUGAGCAAGAGAUCAAUAUUGAUGAUGAUAUAACUCCACACAUGUCACGGCGAGAUGUUUCUAUCGUGACGAAUUAUUUUGACUCUUUGAGGUUGUCUUCGUUUAUGAAGUCGCAACAAAAUCUGCCAACUUAUGACAUGGGAACAAAUAUCUUAUAA